UAUAUUGUAUACGCACUGUGCAUUACCUUGGGAUGGGUGGAUCGGAGUCCAUUUGCACGGAUUUAUUUGUUUAAUAACUGUAAGUUGUGUUGCACGACCCUGAGGGCCACAUAAUAACACACUCUGGUGCUAAGUCAUCACUAAUGCCCUGAUCUGAGCUAAAUGGACCUAGUUAAGUCUCUUCCUCCAUCCUGUCCCCUGUUCCCCUUUGUACAGUAGCAUCUUUCUUCAGCUCUCCUGAGACGUCCAGCCAGUGACCACGAGGUGUAUAUAAGACCCACUGAGGAUGUGACCAGCACUGAAGUUAGCCAGGACACCACAAAAACAAGACGUUCUUAGCAAGUCUGCUUAGACAGCCAUCUCCUUCUCAUUCUUCUUUUCUAUUUGUCAUCAGUGUUUGUCUGACCUCCUCUCAAGUCUGAGAACAUGGACACAGCUGCAGCGGUGACUCUUCUGGCACUGAUUAUGGCGAUGGCUGGCGUCAGUCAGGCUCUUCAUAUCCAAGGCGGUCUGGACAAAAAUGACAUCUUGCCUGGCAGCUCAGAGGAGAACAUGCCUGACCGCCUGUUGGGGCUGGAGAGUGAAAACAGAGAUAGCGACACUGAUGAUCGCGUGCUGACUUCAUUGCUGAGAGCCCUGCUGCACGGAGCCCAGAGAGAAGCCAGGGAGUCUGUCCUCCAUCAGCCACAGAGGUUUGGCCGCAGCUCCAGAGGGCAGGUUGUGCUGGAGGAUCAGAUGCAUUCCCGUGACUGGGAGGCUGCCCCCGGUCAGAUCUGGAGUAUGGCCGUGCCCCAGAGAUUUGGCAAGAAGUAAUGUUGCAGGCACGCUGUGUUGCCCUGGUGGAAGGUCAAGCAGCUGAGAGUUAUAGAGAUACUAGAUUUGUUCCACUCGAAGUUCCAGCCCAUUAGGCUUGACCUCACACCUCGUGUCCAGUGAAAAAUGACACAAUAUUCAUUUUCCAUGAUUAUGAUUGUUGUUACUUUCUUUGAAUUUCCAACACUGCGAAGCAUGUUAACUGGUGAUUGUUUGGAUCAGCAUGUUAAGGACUGAAAAUGUUUGUUGUAAAUUGUUAGUUGCUAUGUUUUUGUUGUUCUUCCGUUCAAAUAAAAGAACUUUAAUCUUGUAA